GGGGGUCAAGGAUUAGCGGACUACGUCGCAAAGUUCUUAUCUAGUGAUCUGUGGAGUUAAAAAUUUGUUCAACAAAUUUGAGCUUGAUCAGAGCCAGUUACAGCUCUUAUUUGUGGAAAAAGAGCGCAGGACAUCCAGGUGGCCCGCAGCCUAGUACUGACUUAGAACCAAGAACACACGCACGCACGCACCGACGAACACGGGUCCCAGUACCGCGCCGGUAGCGCCAGGGAUUCUUAGAGAACGUAACGAAACGUGACGCACUACUCAUGCGACAGUAGAAUAGAAGUUUUAGAUCUUGAUAUCGAGUUGAAAAUCUCGUCCUUGCCCCGACGAAAACAUGCGAUUCGCGUGACGACGCCUAGGCAGGCAGGCAGUUUGAAUGCCUGAGAACAAUGACUUACUAGAUUUCUGGGUUUAGUGUUAGUAUGUUCGAACUUCACUCGAAAAAUGGAUCAACACGCACGCAUUUGGAUUAGAGAGAUACACUGCUUGCAAUGCGAAUUGAGAGAAUAGUGUAGGUUGUUUUUAUUAGAAAGCUGUCAUAAUGUUUGAGGAAGAAUUGGAAAUAGCGCUGAAGGUGAUCGUGGUCGGAAAUGGCGGCGUCGGAAAGACGUCGAUGGUGCAACGAUACUGUAAAGGUAUCUACACCAAAGAUUACAAGAAAACAAUUGGAGUAGAUUUUCUCGAGCGGCAGAUCGAAAUCGACGGCGAAGAUAUUCGAAUCAUGCUGUGGGACACGGCAGGUCAGGAAGAGUUCGAUGCCAUCACGAAGGCGUACUAUCGAGGGGCGCAAGCCUGUGUGCUAACGUUCAGUACGACAGAUCGGGCAUCGUUCGAAGCGAUCCGCGACUGGAAGGUCAAGGUGGAAAACGAGUGCAGCGAAGUUCCGACGGUACUAGUCCAAAACAAAAUUGACCUCAUGGAUAAGGCCGUAGUGUCGUUCGAUGAGGCCGAGGCUCUGGCUCAAUCCCUCGGUUGUCGACUGAUACGUACCUCGGUCAAGGAGGACGUGAAUGUGGCUAGCGUUUUUCGCUAUCUAGCAAACAAGUGCCACCAACAGAUGAAGCAGCAGUACAGUGCCGCCAUGCCAAUCAUGCAACCGACGAUCAGUGCAUUUAGUCCCACGUUCCAGUCAAAAGUCACCAGCAACACAAUUCAACUAACGAGGCCAUCUGUCAAACGAAAACCAUUACAGAAGAGGUGUGGCAUAUUUUAGGCAGAAUGCGCAGGGCGAUAGAAAUUAUUUAUUUACCUGUGAGUUAGUUUUUUCAUUCCCCCGGUAGGAUAGCAGAAUCUGCGCUUUUGUUGAUGAUUGUUAAAUGGCACAACCGGAAUAGCCCUCGAAAUUGUUAAUAAUUAUUAGCAUAGUAAUGUAAUAAAAAACGAUGUACUUUUAGUAUCAUUUAGAAGAUGGACAUAACAAAUCUAACAUUUAAUCUUAGAUAGGAACUAUAUGAAAUUUGUGCCGCUCAACGAAUUUUGACAAAGAUGUAACUGUAAGACUUGACCUUAGAAUGAUCUGAAACUCUGAUUGAAUCGAAUUUUUGAACAUACUAGAAAAUCAACUUAAGCCAACAUACGAUUCAAUUGUCUAUCUCUGUUGCUCGUUAAUUAAAUUAAAAUCAUUGUUGCAAUAUUGUACAAUUUUAAUUUCGUCGUAUGACUGACUGCAUCGUUCGAUGCCAAUCGGUUUUGACGUUGGUUAUACUUUAAGAUAUUCAAAGAAUCACAAUUCAACUGGAACCUUCUAUGACACUCCAUGAGGAGACAGCUCUUCGCUGUAAUCGUUACUGGUGCUCAAUUACUGAAUCGAAAGUGAAUUUAUUUUCUUUCUAUUUUUACCUAGCUAUUAUUAAUUGACGUUCACUCGUACCACGUGGAAGAAUGUUGCAAGAGCGCUAGGAGAAAAAAAUGUGUGUGUUCGUGAUAGCGCUAUUGUGAGAAAGCUCAUCUAAUGAAAAUUGUUUCUAUCAGGGAAAGAUAACUAUAGCAGUAAGACAGACAGGAGCAAAAACCUUGUGAAUAAUGCAAAUGAUUACGAUGUUAAUAAAAAUGCGAACUAAAUCCGAUAUUCAAAAGAAA